GUCUAUGCCCAAAGAGAAUCUAACCUAAGCUUUGAUUAGCUAUUUUUGCGAUACCUACGAAUCAUGUACCCUUUUGAGAUGAAUCUGCUGCAUAUUAUUUAGAUAUUACUCAACUGCACCUGAAAACAGAAUGGACAAGUUAAUAGUUCUGAAAACUUACUGUGGUGGUACCUUUUUACAAAAGAAAGGAGAAUAGCGAUUGGACAUUUUAAUGAAUAUAGAAAAUAAAGAGUUUAGAAGAAAGAAACCAAUGUAUGAAAAUGAAUGACAUACAAGUAGAGACCCAUAAUGAUGCUGAAGUGUUUGUAUUGCCCCCAGAACUCCUCGAGAAAUUGGGCAUAAAUUUGUGUAACAUAGAUCAAACUCCACAAAAAUCUCAAAAAUCAAAAAGAAGGAAAAAUAAAAACUGUAUAAAGAGACACCAUUCAAAUCAUGAACUGAAUAAUGUUUUGGUUUCACAAGGUUCAUCUAUUUUAGAAACUGCUGAUCUAAUGAAGAACUCUGUACUUUUAAGUCCGACAUUUGUUCCUGUGGUGGGGGAUACAAUUCCAGGAGAAAUUGAAAUAGCAAAAAAUAUUGACUUAAAUACUUCUAAUCUAAACAUAGAAUUAAAUGUGAGUAAUAAUUGUCUUAACAACAAUUUUAAUCAAGAAAAUGAUAUCUUUGAACCAUGUCAUGAUACACAAAGCAACACAUUUUUUGGUUCAGAACAAUCAACCAAAAGCAGAAUUUUGAAAGAAAUCGACUCAUCCAUUAUCAGCAAUGAAAUCGGAAGAACUAAUGUGCAUAGGGAGUCAUCAAUAAAUUUUGGUGAUAUAAAUAUGAAGAAACCUUUAAAUUCAGAUGAUGUUAAAUGCAAAUUAAAAUUGAAAUGUUUAAAAUCACCUGUUGAGCACAAAUUGACUUUGAAAAGUGAUAUUCAGUAUACUGCUUUAAAUGGAAACCUGCAUAGAACUGGACUAGUGUGUCAUACUAAUACUAAUAAUAAUGAUUAUGAAAUAGGUGGCAAAAAAGUAUGUGUAGUUUCAACAUUGGAUAACUUUGAUAAUAGACUAGAAUCAGAAGAACCCUUAGUAGUUCCUGCUUCGAUUCAUUCUGAUGUGACUAAUUUAAGCCACACUAUGAAGGAUCAACAGUCUGUGACUCCUAUAUUUAGUGUUAAUCAAUCAACAUUACAUAAUCCUAUUGAUAAUAGUGUUAAUAGUAAUUUAACCAAGUUUACAAAUUGUGAUGAAAAGCUUGAUAUGGAUCUUGAUAACAUAUUACAUGAAACAAAAAUAUUUAUUCCUGUUUCGACAACUACUGCUUCUACAAAUAUAAUCUCCAAUGAAUGUGAUGACAUUAUUAUUGAAGAAUUAAAUGAAUUAAGCUAUGAAAAAGGACAGCAACUGAAUAAUGUAGCAGACAAUAACAUUUUAUUGUUACCUUCAGAAUUGACGAAUAUUUCAAAUAUCACUCAAAACAUUAAUGAUACUGAAGAUAUCAAUAUCGACAUACUUUAUGAAUCAUUUGAUGAACAUAGUACCAGUAAAGAAACAGAAUUUUCCAAUAGAAACCAAGAAAUGGUUUCUAAUGUAGAUACUUGUGAAUCAGAAGAACAAACCAAUGGACUUAACGUAGAUAUUAUCAGUCAUAUUGACUGUGAUGAGACAAGUGAUAUGGAACUUGAUAAUAUGUUGCGCGAAACAGAAAUUUUGAUUUCCACAUCAUCAAAAACUAGUAUAUGUGAUAGAGACACACUAAAGUUAUAUCAUAAUAAGAAUGACUUGCAUAUUGAGGAAGAAAUGGAUUAUGUAUUUGAAGGGCAUGAGGUAAUAAGUCCUAUUUUAGAACAUAAUAAUUUUGGAAAUAUCAAGAGACCGAACAGUUAUAUUUUAAAUUCAUCAGCAGUUAUAGAAGCAAAAAGUAGAAACAUAAUAAUUAAUCACAAUGGUUCCAUCAAUAAAGUUACAAAUUAUGAAACAGAACUUUAUUCGUCCAGUAACAAUACUGAUUCUGUUAGUACACUUCAUUUGGAUCACAUUUUGUCUACAGGAAAUGCACAGAAAAGCACUAUUAAUAAAAUAAACACUGUGAACGUGCUAACUAAUGAAUUUAUAGGUAAUAAUGGCGAUAUUUUUCAUGAUAAUUCAGCCGAACUAAAUUUUAAUAAUGAUAAUGAACCUAAAUUAGGAAAUGAAAUAUCUGUUGUGGAAGUAAACAAUUAUUCUGUUAAUGAUAUUGAAGCAAAAAAAAGUCAAAUCGUCACCAAAACUGACGACAAAGAAAUAGACGAAAUAACACCGAAAAUAGAAGGUGAAAAUGUUUCCCAAUCACCAGGCGAAAUAAUAUCGAAUAACCAAUAUAAAAAACAAAUACAACAAACUAUUGAUUCAUUUGGAGGCACAGAAAAAGUAGAAAAUGAUCUAGAUGUUUCCUGCAAUAGCAGCCAAGACAAAAAAGUGGUAACUGAUUUGGGUAACAAGGUCGAAGAAAUAGCUAAAUAUUUGAAAAAGGCUUAUAAGAAUAAAAAAAUGUUGUUUGAACCAAAAGUUGGAAUUCAUACAAAGUCUAAAAUAUUUAUUCAUGGGGUUGAAAAACCUGGAGGUUCAGGUGAACAGGAAUUAGUAUUUAAUAAGGUUAAGCUAUACAAAACUUAUGAAAAGAAGAAAGUAAUACAAAUAGGUGUUGCUUCUAGAAAGGAAGAAAUUUUGCUGAAAGCCACUAAAACACCUGAAAAUAAUUCGACUGAAAUCAAUACAUUCAUAGAACCGUCUGUUUUAAAUAAACGGCAGGAGUUUUGUUUAUGUUAUGACUUUGGUAAAUUACCAGAUGUUACUGAAUAUAACAAUUUAUAUGAACAUAUUCACUUUGGGUCUAAUAGAAGUGUCAAUUGUCCUGUUAAUUCUGUGUUUGAAAUAUAUGAUGAAAGAACUGAUUUUAUUCCCUUAAAGAGCAGAGAAUACAUACAAGAAGAAGAAAUUAAUAAUGAAUAUGAUAGUGGUCAUAUCUGCUGGCAGAAAUUUGAAUAUCAGGAAGAAGAAAAUAUCCCUGCAACAAAUAUAUUAAAUGAAAAUACAGAAGUUGUUGACAACACAAAUUUAACUAUGUUAAUGCAGGAUGAAGAAUUAAGAUAUAUGCCUAAACGGAAUGUAAAAAAGUUAAAAGAAAACACAGAAGCUGUUGAAAUCACAAAUUCAAAACUCGAUUUAUCUUCAGAAUCAGACGAAUCGGGUUGUAUAUCAAAACAGAAUGUACAUAAGAUACAAGAAAAUGAUACACAUUAUGAUGAUAAAGUUUCCAGUCGAAGCUUGUUGACUAAACUGAUUGAAGAUAAUAUUGUGGCACCUCAAUUGAAUACUAACAAUGAAAACAAUAUAUUUUUGGAAGAAAGUGGUACAGAAAAAAAUGAUCAACAUAAUAAAACAAAAACUGAUGAUGAAUCAAGGAAAAAUGUUAAACGUAAAAUAAAAAAUGACAUUGAAGAACCGCCUGCCAAAAAAAAUGUAAAAUGUGGUGUGUGUGAACAAUUGUUCGCUGAAUCAGAAUGGGAGGAUCACAUUUCUAAAAUGCACUACUACAUUGCUUGGAAAGAUGGUCAUGCAAUUGAUUUCGAAAAUUUACUAUUACUGAAAAAAAUUAAAAAUAAGUUAAAAAGUACAGGCAGUCUGAUAUGCACUUUUUGUGGAUAUGAAUAUGUCAAACUCACAAGGUUUCUAUCUCAUGUGAAAAGCUGCUUUACGAAAAAGGGCAAAAAACGAAUAGACAGUGCCACAACAUCGAAAUCAGACCUAAGUAUAUGUGGCGUGUGUCAGUGUGAGGUCAGUCCCGAACAAUGGAUCGAACACAUAUCCGAGAAACACCAAUACUUAGCAUGGAAGGUUGGCGAGUCUCCAUUGGAUCUGGAUGAUGAAAACAAAGUGAAGGAUCAUCUUUUAAAUAUGGUCAAGAAAUAUGGUUGUCUUAUUUGUUCGAAAUGCGGCUUGCUUCGCAAAUAUACGGCUAAAUCCAUCAAAAAUUAUUUAAUACAUAUUGAAAAAUGUUCAAGGAAGUAUACAAAUGUAUCAAGAGCUUCUCGAAGAAACUCUAAAAGUGAUCAAUCAAUACAAGAACCAGCUUCUCCAGAGCCAGUUGUUUACAAAUGCGCGGUUUGUGAAAAAGACAUUGAUGCUUCAAAAUGGUCAGAUCAUGCUUCGAGGGAACAUAAUUACCGUACGUGGAUAGUUGGGAAAACAGCUCCGAAUUUUGACGAUGAAAAUGCAUUAUGGGAACAUCUAAACGACUUCUCCAAAGAUGGUGGUUUGCGGUGCUUUAAAUGCGGUUUGGUUCGUAAAUACGUGAGAAAAUAUCUACAACACAUGGAAUCUUGUACAGCGAACGCAAAUGAGACUGUAGGGGAACAGAACACGGGGAUAGGAGAGAAAUCAACAGCUCACGCGUCUAAUUCAGAUCCAAUCUACUAUGUGGAUUCCGAAAUUAAUACAAACUUGUCACGAAUAUAUAAAGACUCUUCAAUACCAACAAAAAUUGAUCUUUUAAGUUCAGAUACUGUUAACAGUACAGAUGAUAAAGCAAGUAAAAUAAUAACUGGAGCGCCCAGUUCUCAUAUAACAAAUAAUAUAGAUUCUUCUAACGCUACAUAUACGUGUGGCGUUUGCAACAUGGUCCUGGAGGAAUCAACGUGGAUAGAUCAUAUUAAAAUGGAACAUAAUUAUUUAGCAUGGAGGGCCGGUGACACUCCGCUAGAUUCUGAUGACAAAGAAGCAAUCUGGCAUCAUCUACACAACAUUAAAACUUCAAUUGGAAAACUUAUUUGUCCUAAAUGUGGCAAAGAAAGGAAAUAUCCGAAGAAUUUCUUACAACAUGUGAAAGAUUGUAAUGGUUCGAACACGUCUUCCAAUAAUUCUACAAUAGAGAAGGCGACAUGUGGCGUCAUAUCACACGUGGAUAGAUAUUUGAAGAAUAAGGAUUUGGAUCUGAGCACGACAGAGUUGACGUGCGGUGUAUGUCAGAAAGUGACGAAUCGGGAAAAUUGGAUUACACAUAUGCAGACUGCGCACAACUAUAUCGCAUGGAUAGACGGCGCAACCCCACUGGACUUGAAAAAUCAAGAUAUGAUACGAGAACACUUACAAAAAAUAGUGGAUGAAAUCGGAGCGCUGGUUUGUGCUAAUUGCGGCACUUCUCGCAAAUACGCCAAGAAGUUUCUGCAACAUAUGAGACAAUGCUCCGUCGAGAACCAACAUGAAAAACGAAAAAACAAAAGUAAAAGUAGCUAUGAAUUAACGAAAAAUGAAACGGUAAUCUGCGGGGCUUGUACGCAAACAAUGCGUAUCAAUGAGUGGAUGGGCCACGUAAGACUUGCUCAUAAUUACAUAGGUUGGAAAGAUCACCAGGCUCCAAUAAAAAGUAACAAACCUAGUAUUAUUGAAAAACGUUUACGUGCAGUUGUCGAGAAAGUGAAAGAGUUGAAAUGUCCCAAGUGUGGAUUUUUAAGUACAGAAGUUCAGCUGUAUUUACAGCAUUCAGAGUCGUGUACAGGGAACCCUGAUUAUAAACCAGAAGAUGAUGGUGAAGCGACAAAGUUGGCCCACAAAGGUUUAUAUCAGUGUGCUAUAUGUCAUGAAAACAUAAAAUAUGGCAAAUGGAAAAAUCACGCAGUUGAUGAACAUUACAAUGUGGCGUGGGUUGUUGGCGACGAGCCUAUCGAUUUAUUGAGUCAGCAUGAAAUCACAAAAGUAUUGAAUGAGUACCUCAAGUGUGGCGGCGUCUUCGCUUGCAAAGUAUGUCGUGUCACCCGUUCCUCCGCGAUCGGAUUCUACGCUCAUUUCACUACGUGUGGCCUUACAGAGGAGGAAUGCGACAAGUACAAAAUGUCGUGCGACAUAUGUAGCGGCAAGUAUCUAGGCAUCUACAAAUGGCAGCAUAUGGCCCUGCACACGCAGCAAGAGCUGGCGAAGGAACGCAAGCAGAAGGCCGAGGAGGAUCGCGCCCGGGAGCGCGAGCGGCGACUCGACGCGCUGGCGCCCGUCAGCGGCCGCCGGCGCGCCGCUGAGAAAGCAAGAAUGGUGAUUGAAGAAACUGCCCGUCAAAUUAAGCACGUUUGCCAACAGUGUGGCUUUGCGACCGACGUAGAAGAAGAGAUGACCAAUCACAAGUGUCCAAAACGUCGCAAAUUGAGCGACGAUGUAGAUUUGCCUUUAGAACAGGAAGAGAGUUCAGAUGAGGAAGAUCUAGAUGCAGUCGUCAAUGAAAGCGAUGUUAGUCAAUUUGAAGAUGCCAGUGAUGAUAAUGAUUCAAGUCUAGGAAAAAGGAAACACGCCGAUCAUAGUGCCUCGUCCAGAAUUACGAGAAUACCGUUCGUGGUUGCAGAUUUACCUGACUAUUUGUCGAAGAAUGCUAAAGAUUUCGCUGACCAUUACUUGACAACAGAUACGUUAUUUCCUGAAUGGACCAGAUGUAAUUAUGAAAUCGUGCCAGAAGCUGAAUUGAUGAAAUGUUUGCCGCCCGUGGAAGACUCUUGUCAAGUAUAUUCGAAAGGAAAAUGGAAAACAUACAAGCGUUGGAAAGCAGAUGUGGAUAAUGAAAAGUCGAUAAUGUUCGCGGGCUACAACAUCCAGCGCGUGUCGUGGGUGCCGACGCAGCGCCGCGCGCGCGAGUUCCUGUCCGUGUCGUGCCACGCCGGCCUCGACUGUCCGCAGCUCCACUUCGCUGACCUCUUCGGACACCAAACACUCGUACAGAUCUGGGACUUUGAUCAUUUCACUAACACGCCGCCACAAUUGGUCAUGGGGCUGGUGAUUCCUUUCGGCGCUGUGUGGGCGAUGGAUUGGUGUCCGUCCGGCGCCCGGGAAUGUCUCAAAGAUGACGACGAAGGAUUCGUGAGGAUGGGUCUGUUGGCCGUGGCCUGCUCUAACGGAUUCGCCUAUAUCCUAUCAGUGCCUUAUCCUUCUACCGUCACAAGUGAUUCAAUUUUCUGCAGACUAGAGCCAGUAGCCCAAUUAAAAUUUACAAUGAAGUCGGAUAGACCUAAAUAUCAGGCCACAUCAAUAUCCUGGUCAAAGCAAAAAGGCCAUUCUAAAAUUGUAGUGGGAUAUUCUGAUGGUAUUAUUGCUUAUUACGAUUUAAAUACGGAGUCUCCGUUUUUGAAGGCGAAAGAAAACAACGUCACAAUUUUCUAUCCAUUUUUUGAAGAACAUAUUCACAAUGGAUGUGUAACAGACUUGAGCACGUUCCCGCUGGCGCUGGGCGACGCAGGCGCGGUGAGCUCGUCGUCGCCGGCGGGCAGUGCGCUGGGCUGCGAGCGCGUGCGCGCGCGCGUGCGCUCGCACCUCGCCGCCGCCGGCGCCGCCUUCCUGCCCGCCUGGCCCGCCGUCUGGCUGGCCGGCGACGACGCCGUCACGAUGUUGGCGAUGAACGAGUUGGAAUACUGGGGCAUGGGGCGGCGCGCGGGGCCGGCGCAGGCGUGCUGCGGCUGCCUGCACUGCGGCGCGGCGGCCACCUUCAUGGCGCCCUUCCUGCGCAUCAUGCGGCCGCAUCAUGCGCGGCCCGAUCUCAACAGAAUGCCAGUGGCAUGGAUUGGUACGAAACAGUUAGGAAAAAAGAGAAAACAUAAUGAAGAUAAAAAAGAAAUUCUAUCUGAAUCCAUUAAAUAUGAAGAUACCAUUAAGAAGUACGGGAUAGAGUUUAAACUCGUUAACAAAUCAAAAACAAAGGAAGAGUACAAAAAGUCGUACUCUAACUACAGGGAAAUUAACCCGCAACGUUUCCCGCUGGUAGAAGUCCCUUCGAUGGCGUUCUGUCCCUCGCCCGAUCACCACAAGCGGCUGGCCGUCGCCACCCACGCUGGAUUGAUAUUCCUUCUCAAAGUUUGAUAUCUAAAACUUACCUAUUACGUUAGUGUAUUGUUUAUAUGACAUUAUUUACUUCGACUAAGGUUGCAUUUUGAUUAGAGUUAUGCCACCUGUACACUAUCGUUAAACUAUAGCGGUUACGGCAUAUACAUUGAGGUAAAUAAAAGCUGUCAUACAUACUACGCAUGUUCAUUCAUUCGCGUCGUUAUCUGUCUGAGUUCGGCGACAGUGUGUACCCGGCAUUAAGUGCGAGUGUCUAGACGAUUUCGACAAUUAUUAACAAUUUGAAGGAUAUACUUAUUCCAUGCUUUGGUUACAAAAAUAAAGUGUUUGCUAUCGUUUUAUGUGGUCCGUAGAAUUGAACAAAAAAAAACUAAUAAAUGUUUCUAUGACCUCUGGGCUGUGAGGAAUUAUUCUAAUGCCUUAAUAGAUAUUUGUAAUAGUAAGAAUACAUAAUAGACAUUUUAGCAGUCGUUAUACAUAACAUUCAUAUAUAUGUAACAAUAUAAUACGGGACGGUUAAUUUUUAACUCUUAGCUCUUUUAUGACUUCACGGGAUUAUUUAGUUGCCUUUAAUUUUAUUGUUCCCUUUUAUACUCACUACACUAAAAGACUAUUGAAAUGCAUCGUAAAAGGCGUAUAACUCAUAUAAGUUUAAGCUUUUACCAAAAUGUGUGAAGUAACAAUACUUAAUUGUAUAAAAACUUAAUAAUAUUGUAUAGCAUGUGAGAAACUGUUAUUUAUUUUUAAGUGUUUUAUUGUGCCAGACAAGUAUUAUGUAGGUGAAUUGUAAAUUCGAUGUGAUAUCGUGGUUGAAAGUAUCGACUAAGUUUUAUAUACUCCAGCAUCUUAUUCCAGUUAAAAAAUAAAGUCCUGUAUUUCCUGUAUACCUUCACGCACAGUUAUAAAAUAUAUUUAAAAAAUAUGUAAACUAGUUGAUAAUUUGUAAAUAUAUAGGUAUAAUUUAAAUUUAUUAGAGUGUGGAGUCAAAGUGAUUUAUUUUUUCGUUUCUGAGUCCCGUUUUUCAUGCCCUAGUACUCUACGUGUCUUUAUGCUGCACUAUUAAUUAUCUUGGUAACACUGAUAUGAUAAAAGUAAAAUUUUUUCAUCAGAUACCCGUUUACAUACUUUUGUCGCAAAUCAGAAAGAUUAGAUGUUUAGAGCAGUAGUGUUUAGAACUGACUCAUCUACUAUUAACGCCAAUCAAAUAUACCUAUUUAUUUACAGUAAAGCAACAACACUUUGUUGGUUUACUGAAAUAUGAAAUAAUAAUAAAAGCCUGAAUUCGGGAAAGUUAACUUGGUAAAGAUGUAAAAAAAAACGUCACAUCUAUACUAUUAUUAUAAAGAGAUAAGCGUUUAGUGAGUUUGUAUGUUUGAGGCGGAUAAUCUCUGAAACUACCGAAUCGAUUUUAAAAAUUAUUUCACCAAUAGAAAGGUAUAUUAUUUUAUCUCAAAAUUCCCACGGGAGCGAAGCCCCGGGCAACAUCUAGUUGAUUAAUAAAUCUAUUUUUUUAGAUUUAUUAGAUCGAAUAUGUAAGAGUAGUUAUAAUAUUAUUUAGUAUUUUUUGUGAUUGUAGCAAUAUUCCUGUGUCUCCAACUCCUCCAUCAGAAAUAAAAAAAGACAAAAGUGUGUAAGUCGUGGUAAAGACGAAAGUUCGUAAUAUCCAAAUAUUUGUUACAUAAGAAUAUUAUCUAGGUUACUUGUAUAAAAUAAGUUAAAGGAGUAAGUACAUGAUUCCAGUGUAAUAAAAAUGUACGCCUAUUUUAUAAUUAUUUAUUCUUAGGUUAUCAGAAAUAUAUAUCGGAUGUCAUAGUGAUACUAUUUUUAAACUUUGUUGUGUACCUAUCUUUAAAUUGUGAUAGUGCUUGUUAUGCAAUAAACUUUAUAAAUAAA